ACAGGCUCUCAGGACACUUCAGCAGAGUGCAGGGGUUAUGUAUGAGGUUUCUUUUAUUACAAACGCUGAUCAUUAGCAGCAAGUAGUAGAAACUCGAGUUAUCUUUUAAACCAACGCUUCUAGAUCUGUCUUUUUGAUAUGGAUGACAGUCAGAGUCUUCAUCUGGUGAACAAGGAUUCAAACAGAAACAGAGUAACAGAAAUGACUAAAGAAGAUGUUCAGGAGCCAGCCUCUGAAGGUGAUACAUUGCUAAACGGACAAAGGAGUGUGUCCUUAGACUUGGAGAGACCAGUUGUUCACCAGGUGGCCUCUGCUCCCAUGCCUGCGGACAGUGAGUUUUCUUUCUUUGACCCCAAUGAUCCAAAGUGCCAGGAGAUCUUGUUUGACCCAGACACCACUAUCUCUGAACUAUUUGCUGUUUUACGACAAUGGGUACCACAAGUUCAGCAGAACAUCAGUGUUAUUGGCAAUGAGAUUCUGAAAAGAGGCUGCCAAGUAAAUGACCGUGAUGGCCUAACAGAUAUGACUCUUCUCCAUUAUACCUGCAAAGCUGGAGCUCCAGGUAUUGGUGAUGCUGGGACUGCUGCCUCCUUUGCAUCCCAGCUGAUUUCCAUGGGUGCUGAUCCUAACCUGCGCAGCCGAUGGACCAACAUGAAUGCUUUACACUAUGCAGCAUAUUUUGAUGUACCAGAGCUGAUCUGUGUAGUCCUGAAAAGUUCACGAACAGGGGAGGUUAAUGCCACUUGCAGUGAUUUUGAUUUUGGCACAGCCCUUCAUAUUUCUGCUUCCAACCUGUGUUUAUCAGCAGUAAAGUGCCUGCUGGAACAUGGAGCAAAUCCUGCCUUCAGAAAUGAUCGGGGCUUGAUUGCAGCAGAUGUGGUUCCAGAUCCAUUGGAAAUGCCUUUGGACAUGGCUGAAGCAGCUGCCCUUGCCAAGGAGCUACGCAAAGUGCUUUUGGAUGCCCUGCCUCUGUCCUGUGAUAUCAGCAAAACAAUUUUGCCUAAUUAUGACUACAUCUCAGGAAAAACCCUUCUUCGGUCUCUGGGAAUAAAUUUAGGGGACAGAGUAAUCAUUGCUGGACAAAAGGUUGGAACUUUACGCUUUUGUGGAGCUACAGAAUUUGCCGGUGGACAGUGGGCUGGGGUAGAAUUAGAUGAGCCAGAAGGCAAAAACAAUGGUGCUGUUGGUGGUAUUCGUUACUUUAGAUGCCCACCAAACCAUGGUAUAUUUGCCCCAUUGUCGAAGAUUACCAGGGUAUCAGAUCGUAAGGAAACUUUAAUGAAGUGCUCCACUCCUAAAGGUUCAAUGCCUGUCCGAGUACCGAAGAUUGACUUGUCUCAUGUUACUUCCAAAGUAAACUCUGGUGUUUCCAAAAAGCAGAUGAGCAAAAAGGUACCAACUUCCACUGAACUGGCAGAUGACAACCAGUCGUUGACCCAAGCAGGCUCAGCAUCAAUCCCCUUCUCAAGCUGCUCUUCAUCCUCAACAUCAUCUCUGGAUGUUAAAGUUCCAAUGAAUAGCAAACAAAAACAGACAAAUCCACGACUUCAGAAUGUUUCUCGUACUAGGAGGUCUAUGCCAGCAUUACUUCGUUCCACAGGAGGACAGAGGAUCUUCUCUAUGGGUAGUGUCCUGUCUGAAGAGUCAAACAUUCAGGUUGGAGACAGAGUUCUGGUUGCAGGGCAAAGAAUAGGUGUUGUUCGAUUUCAUGGAAAAACAAGCUUUGCUCCAGGAUUCUGGUAUGGAGUGGAAUUAGAUAAACCCAGUGGAAAGAAUGAUGGCUCAGUGGGAACAGUGCGCUAUUUCAAUUGCCCACCUAAACAUGGUGUCUUUGCUCCACCAUCCAGAGUGCAGAGGGUUCAUGGCUCCCUGGAUUCUCUUACAGAUAUCUCCUCCAGACUCAGUCAUUCCUUCCCUGGUAUGAGACGGAGUUACAGCACAUCAUCAGGUAUUUCCUCACAGCGGGAACUGACCAAGAGGACUGCUGUUAGCAGCUUGGAUCUGGUGUCCAGGUCUCGACCUGCUGUCCUGUUUCGGAGUUGGAGCACCACCAGUACCAGUGGUAGUUUGUCUCAAACCCCAGAUAGAGGGGUGAAACUGCAUCAAGGAAUGCAAAUUCUGCUUCUCAGCUCUAAUGAAAUGGCUACCAUACGCUACAUUGGUCCAACUGAUUUUGCUCCAGGUUUGUGGCUGGGACUAGAAUUACGCUCGCCAAAGGGUAAAAAUGAUGGCUCAGUGGGUGAUCGACGUUAUUUCAGUUGUCGGCCAAAUUAUGGAGUGUUGGUACGACCAAGUCGCAUUGCUUAUAGAGGAAUCAAUGGAGCCAAGCUAGUAGAUGACUGCAACUGAACGUCCUGAACUUGCUGAAGUCAUCGGCGUCAGAGGUACAAGCUGAGUAUGGGAUAAUGGGGAAAGUGAACUGCCAGGUUUCAUGGGUGACAUUUUACGGUUCUACUUUUCACUGUAUUUUUGUUACUUUUAUAGAUCCCCACUUCAUAAAAUUAUUUUACUGAGUUGAGCUUCAUUUUUCCUUUAAACAUUUAUUUUUCUAUGUAGUAUCUUUCCAUUCUUAUAAAGCAGAAGCUAGGUAAUAUAGUUUUAACAUAUUUAAGCAAGUGUUAACAAUUAGUGGUACAGAGUAAAUUGACAGUGCAAAGUUAAUGUAAAUGCUUCUCAAGAUUCAAACACAGUACAUUAUAUUCUUAGUCUUCCUGAAUCAUCAUUCUUGUCUUGUUUUAUUAUUAUAGUGUUACAGCUGUUUUGAUGUUUUAAAUUUGAAAUUUUCAAUCUUCUGUUUUAACAUUUUUUAUUUUUGUAUGCUAUUUAUUGAGUCAGUGUUU